AUGAAUCUACAAAGGAAUAAGGUUUAUUAAAAGUAAAGAUUGAUUAUGAUACAUUAUAAACAGUAAAAAUUAAUGAAUAUAUUUUGAGCAGAGGAAUCUGAAAAUAGUCAAUUGGGAUAUAAUAAAAGAAAUUGAUUUUUCAGGAAAUUAUAAUUAUGGAUUAGAUCAUGGAAUGAGGGGAGUUUAUUCUGAAAAACGUAAAUUACUAUUAAAUUAAAUAGUUAUUGCUGCUUUUAAUGAAGAAUAGUUAAGAAAUCUUUAGGUAUUGAAGUUCAAAAUUAGGAAUUAAUUGAACGCAUUAGAAAUGGAAAUGUAUUCAUCAUUAGCAAGUCUGAAGAGAAGAAACUUUAGAUUAUUUUGUAUAGACUUACUGCAUAUUUAUUCAGUAGUUGGGAUAGUAAAGAAGCAAAAGUAUCAGAGGCUAGGAUUGAAACAUUAUGA